CCCUGGCAGCGGGCCGGGCCUUCCAUUCCGCAUCCGUCCAUCUGUCCGUGUGUCCGUGUCCGUCCGUCCAACCCGAGCGCGCGGCCGCGGCAAGUGCAGGGCGGGGCAGCCCCCGUGCGCGCCCCACUGCCCCGCCCAGGAGCCAGGCGGGACCAUGGGCUGGGGAGCCGGAGGGAGCUGCACCCCGCGCCCACCCAUCCGCCAACAGACGGCGCAGGAGACGCGCGUGAUCACUGUGGUCUUCCUGGGCCUCCUGCUGGACCUCCUGGCCUUCACUCUGCUCCUGCCCCUGCUGCCAGGGCUGCUGGAGAGCCACGGCCGUGCCCACGACCCCCUGUAUGGCUCGUGGCAGCGAGGCGUGGACUGGUUUGCCGCAGCGAUCAGGAUGCCAGCCGAAAAGAGGUACAACAGCGUCCUGUUCGGAGGUCUGAUUGGCUCGGUCUUCUCCUUCCUGCAGUUCCUCUUGGCACCGCUCACGGGGGCGGUCUCGGACUGUCUGGGGAGGCGCCCGGUGAUGCUGCUGUCCCUGGCAGGUCUGGCCACCUCGUAUGCCGUGUGGGCUGCUUCGAGGAGCUUCGCAGCCUUCCUGGCCUCCAGGGUGAUUGGGGGCAUCAGCAAGGGGAACGUCAGCCUCUCCACGGCCAUCGUAGCUGACCUGGGCUCACCUUCCGCCCGCAGCCGAGGCAUGGCAGUCAUCGGGGUGGCCUUCUCCCUGGGCUUCACCCUGGGCCCCAUGCUGGGUGCCUCCCUGCCCGCGGAGACGGUACCCUGGCUCGCCCUGCUCUUCGCUGCCUCCGACCUGCUGUUUAUUUUCUGCUUCCUGCCGGAGACCCUGCCCCCAGAGAAGCGGCCUCCUGGCAGGCCCCUCCAGUCCUGCCCCCGCCCCAGGCACCCUCCAUCACCCCCGGGUUCCAAGCCGCUGUGGAUCUGCUCAGCCCCCUGGCCCUGCUCCGUUUCUCGGCCGUGGCCCGCGGCCAGGACCCACCUGCUGGAGACAACUUGGGAGCCUUCGCCGCCUGGGCCUGGUGUAUUUCCUCUACCUCUUCCUGUUCUCGGGCCUAGAGUACACCCUGAGCUUCCUUGCCCAUCAGCGCUUCCAGUUCAGCAGCCUGCAGCAGGGAAAGAUGUUUUUCUUCAUCGGCCUCACCAUGGCCACCGUGCAGGGUGCCUACGCGCGGAGGAUCAGCCCUGGCGGGGAGAUUGCAGCUGUGAAGCGGGCCAUCCUGCUGCUCGUGCCCGCCUUCCUCCUCAUCGGCUGGGGGCUCACGCUGCCUGUGCUGGGCUUGGGGUUGCUGCUGUACUCCUUCGCUGCCGCAGUCGUGGUGCCCUGCCUGUCCUCUGUGGUUGCCAACUUUGGCUCGCCCAGGCAGAAGGGCACGAUCAUGGGCACCCUGCGGAGCCUGGGCGCCCUGGCCAGGGCGGUGGGACCCAUGGUGGCUGCCUCAGUGUACUGGCUGGCGGGGGCCAGGGUCUGCUUCACUGUGUGCUGUGGCCUCUUCCUGCUCCCCCUCCUGCUCCUGUGGAAUCUGAGGCCUCCAGCCCACGCACUCAAGGCCGAGUAGCUGAGCCAGCCCCGCCCCGAGCUGGGGGAGAGGAAGCCUGGGCCGGGGACCCCCCCUCCCCCUGGGCCCAGCCCAGGACAGCCCAGGGCCUGCAGCCCCAGAGGGCCCGAGACACUCACGGCCCCUCCCUAGGUGUGGACGGCCCUGUCGGGCUGGGGGCAGUGACUCCAAACCCUUCCAGGCUUUCUCUUGGCUUCUCUCUCAGUGACAGUGUCAGCCAGGCCUCUGAAUGACAAAAUAAAGCAGCUAUUUUAUA